CAAGACUCAAUACACAAGCAGAGCUCAAACAAUUCUUGCUUCCCGCUAGCUAGCUCGCAAGAAAUAAUGGCUCCACUUCUUCUUGCUUCUCGCACAGCCUGUCGUCCUGGCCUUACAAGCCGCCAUGCCCAUGAUAAUGGCCGGCACGGCCUGUCUUCUUCACCACCAGGAAGUCGUAGUAAGCGAAGCCGUAGCCUUAGCUUGAGGCCACGAGCUGAAAAGACGACGACAGGCGGUGGGGGUCAUGUUGUGAGCGAAAAGCUGAGCCCCUGGCAAAUCCCCAGGAGGGAGUGGUUCCCCCCUAGCUUUAUCUUUGGUGCUGCCACUUCAGCAUACCAAAUUGAAGGGGCUUGGAACGAAGGUGGAAAGGGGCCAAGCACUUGGGACGACUUCUGCCACAACCAUCCGGAGUGGAUAGCGGACGGGAGCAGUGGGGAUGUUGGAGCAAACUCCUACUAUCUGUAUAGGGAGGACGUCAGAUUGCUGAAGGAAAUGGGUAUGGACGCCUACAGGUUCUCCAUCUCUUGGCCCAGAAUAUUGCCAAAGGGGACACUCGAGGGAGGCAUUAACCAUAAAGGCAUCGAGUACUACAAAAAGCUGAUCAACUUGUUGAAAGAGAACGGCAUAGAACCAUAUGUGACACUUUUCCACUGGGACACACCUCAAGCGCUGGUGGACAGCUACGGUGGCUUCUUAGAUGAUAGGAUUGUAAAAGACUACACAGACUUCGCCAAGGUGUGCUUUGUGCACUUCGGCGACGUCGUGAAGAACUGGUUUACCUUCAACGAGCCACAGACAUUCUCCUCUUUUUCCUACGGAACCGGGAUCUGUGCCCCAGGGCGGUGCUCCCCGGGACAGAAAUGUGCUAACCCAGUUGGGAACUCGCUCACCGAGCCGUACAUUGUUGGCCACAACCUCCUCCGAGCUCAUGCUGAGACUGUCCAUCAGUACAACAAGUACUACAGAGGUAACAAGGAAGGCCACAUAGGGAUGGCGUUUGACGUGAUGGGUCGUGUGCCAUAUGAAAAGAUGUUCCUCGACGACCAGGCCCAGGAAAGGUCCAUCGACUACAACCUAGGGUGGUUCGUGGAGCCGGUGGUCCGUGGUGACUACCCCUUCUCCAUGAGAUCGUUGGUCAAGGAUCGGUUGCCCUACUUCACCGACGAAGAGAAAGAGAAGCUAGUGGGGUCGUAUGACAUAAUGGGGAUAAACUACUACACCUCGAGGUUCUCCAAGCACGUCGAUAUCUCGACAGGCUACACGCCGGUACUCAACACCGACGACGCAUAUGCCACCCAGGAAACGAAAGGACCUGACGGGAAUACUAUUGGUCCAUCUAUGGGGAAUUCGUGGAUCUACAUGUACCCUAACGGCCUGAAGGACAUCCUUAUGGUCAUGAAGAACAAAUACGGGAACCCACCUAUCUACAUCACUGAGAAUGGAAUCGGGGAUAUUGACAGCAAGGAGAAACCUCUACCCGUAAAAGAUGCGUUGAAUGACCACGCAAGGCUAGAUUACCUCCAGCGCCACAUCUCAGUGCUCAAAGACGCAAUAGACCUGGGAGCGGACGUGCGUGGCCACUUCACCUGGUCUCUGCUGGACAACUUCGAGUGGUGCGGCGGUUACACGGAGCGUUACGGCAUCGUCUACGUGGACCGUAGCAACGGCUGCAAGCGCCGCAUGAAGCGCUCGGCCAAAUGGUUGAAGAAAUUCAACCGAGCCGCGCAUUCCAAGAAGAAAGACAAGACGGGCAUUAUUCCGCCGCCGUCGGCUUAUUAAUUAAUUACAACAGUGCGCUGGCAUAUGUUUUUAGAUAUAUAUAAUAUAUAUAAUAUACAUGUGUGGUCUGUGGUACGUACGGUGUACGUAUGUUGCUUGUAAAAUAAACCCACCUGUGUUGUGGGAACGUACUAAAGUGAAAUACUCAACGGAUCGGAGGCCUUUGGCUGUUUCCUAUACAUAAUCACAUAAUCGCACCGAUUCGUCUUA